AAUAUAUAGCCAUAUAUAUUGGAGACAUAUGAUAUAUUUGGGGUUUAACCCAUGGAACGUUAAAACCCUAGUACUAGGAGAAAGCAGCAGUAUCUCACGGAACUUAGAUUCUGCAGGUAAUGGCGGGUCCGUUGAUCCGCUCCCUCUGGUCCUCCGCGCUCAAAUCUGUUUCAUCUUCCUCCUCUUCCACACCGUCCAUCGGUCUCAAACCUCACUUACUAGUCUCACGCGCCACCGCACUUUCACGAGCAUUCUCAGCCGCACCGGCCACUGCGGCGUCGGCAGCCACCUCUCCGAACAGCUCGUUGGACCCUAGCCGGCUGCGAAAUGUGGCGGUGAUCGCGCACGUCGACCAUGGGAAGACCACACUGAUGGACCGACUGCUUCGCCAGUGUGGCGCGGACAUCCCUCAUGAGCGCGCCAUGGACUCUAUCAGUCUUGAGCGCGAACGCGGCAUCACUAUAGCCUCCAAGGUUACAUCCAUUUCGUGGAAGCAAAAUGAGCUAAACAUGGUUGAUACACCUGGACAUGCUGAUUUUGGAGGUGAAGUUGAGCGGGUUGUUGGUAUGGUUGAGGGAGCUAUUUUAGUUGUUGAUGCUGGUGAGGGUCCACUUGCACAAACUAAGUUUGUACUGGCAAAAGCCUUAAAGUAUGGCCUGCGUCCUAUUCUGCUUCUGAACAAAGUAGACCGGCCUGCAGUUUCCGAGGAGACGUGUAAUGAAGUUGAGAGUCUAGUAUUUGAUCUCUUUGCAAACGUUGGUGCUACAGAGGAGCAGUUAGACUUCCCUGUUUUAUAUGCUUCUGCCAAAGAAGGAUGGGCUUCAACCACCUUUACUAAAGAUCCACCAGCUGAUGUUAGAGAUAUGUCUCAGUUACUUGACGCUAUUAUAAGACAUGUUCCUCCACCAACUGUCGAUCUUGAUGCACCUUUUCAAAUGAUGGUCUCCAUGAUGGAACGGGACUUUUAUCUUGGGCGAAUAUUGACUGGACGUAUUUCUUCCGGUGUCAUCCGUGCUGGUGAUAAAGUCCAUGGCAUUCGUAAAAAAGAUUCUGGGAUGGAGAAAAUUGAAGAAGGAAAGGUUACAAAAUUGAUGAAGAAGAAGGGUACAAAUAUGGUUCUAAUUGAAAGUGCUGGAGCAGGUGACAUUAUAUCAAUGGCUGGGUUGACAAGUCCAUCUAUAGGCCACACAGUUGCAAAUGUUGAGGUCACAACUGCAUUGCCAACCAUUGAAUUGGAUCCUCCAACUAUUUCCAUGACUUUUGGUGUCAAUGACUCUCCAUUAGCUGGUCGUGAUGGUAGCCAUCUCACCGGAGGAAAAAUUGGUGAUCGGCUGAUGGCUGAAGCUGAAACAAAUCUUGCCAUUAAUGUUCUCCCAGGAUUAUCAGAGUCGUAUGAAGUUCAGGGGAGGGGAGAACUUCAACUAGGUAUCUUGAUUGAGAAUAUGAGACGUGAAGGCUUUGAACUGUCUGUCUCACCACCUAAAGUCAUGUACAAGAUUGAUGACAGUGUAAAGCUUGAACCAAUUGAAGAGGUUACUAUUGAGAUAAAUGAAGAGCAUGUGGGAUUAGUUAUGGAAGCCCUAUCUCAUAGGCGAGCUGAGGUUAUUGACAUGGGUCCUGUUCCAGGAAAUGUUGGUAGGACUAAACUGUCUUUAACGUGCCCAUCAAGGGGCCUGGUUGGUUACAGGAGUGUAUUUAGCAGUGACACACGUGGAACUGGAUUCAUGCAUCGUGCUUUCUUAACUUAUGAGAAAUAUCGAGGCCCCCUUGGAAAUGUCAGGAAGGGAGUUUUAGUAUCAAUGGGCUAUGGUACAAUCACUGCUCAUGCACUAAUGAGUUUAGAAGCUCGUGGAACUCUUUUUGUGACUCCUGGAAUGGAGACAUAUGAUGGCAUGAUUGUUGGUGAGCAUUCACGGGACACAGAUCUAGAUAUCAAUCCAGUAAGGACUAAAGAACUUACUAAUGUCCGUGCUGCUUGCAAGGAUGAGAAUGUGAAACUGUCUCCUCCUCGACUUAUGACUCUGGAAGAAGCCAUAGGUUAUGUUGCUUCGGAUGAGCUUAUUGAGGUUACACCAAAGGCUAUUCGGUUGAGGAAGAAAUAUUUGGAUGUUAACAAACGUAAAAGCAUGAGUAAAAGGGCCAAGGAGUGAAACCUGUUUUUAAUAAAGUUUUGUAGCCUUAUAGAUAUCCUGAUUGCAACAAAAUUUUGAUUUAUCAUUGUAAUAUUAGUUUAUUAGUCCACCUUCAAUUGGUGAUAUUUCGCAAAAGGCAAACGAAAUAUAUAUUCUUUAACAAAUUUAUUGAGAAACAAUAAUGUCAAUGAAAAAUAAAAUAUUGUUGUAACAAUGUAAUGUUAAAAAGCACGAAAAAUUCUUAUGCGCAAUUGUCGCACCACUUUA